CUCAGGUAGAGAAUCAGUGUGACUCAGAAGAAUUUGGGUCAGGACUAAAAUGAAAGGAUUUAUUUUAGGAGUCUGUGAUUUUCCAGUCACAGAGAAGGAUCUGGUUCUUGUGUGGAGAAUCAGACUGGCUUAAAUAGAAAGAUUUGAGUCAGAUUUAGGUUAGACCAGACUAGGCAAGUUAGGUGAUUUGUCUAGGGUCUUUUAUAGAGCCUGUGGAUUAGGGAGAAUUAAUCCCAGGGGAUCCAGUAGGAUCAGGGUUUAGUGUAACUUAAAGAAAGAAGUAUUUUGAAAGUUUAACCACCUCAUAACCGUUGUAACCAUUAAGCGAAGUGCCUUUACCAAGUUAUCUGAAACCAUCAAGCUCUGUACCUGCAAUAAACUUGUUUUGAUUUUAUUCAAAUCAAGCCUCUGUCAUACUCUCAUAUUAAGUUAAGUAACAUCAACACCUGAAGUGGAACAAAUAGAGAAAGCUUAUAAGAACCAGUACCAUCUGCCUGACGUCUCUCCAUUGGUGGCAGCGAAGAAGAUAAUCAAACAAAUCAUUAAUUAACAUCAUCUCUCAUAAAACAUCUUUAUUAAGUGGUGGUAUCUGUGUGUGUGUGUGUGUGGGAUCAAAAGGAUUCCAUCCCGGCCUCACAUUCCUGUCAGACACCUCACCUCUGUACAAUAUUGGUGGCAAAGCUGAGGGAUUCUAAAGGGAUUCCAUCCUCUGUCACCUCAGCAUCUCUACAUAAAUUGGUGGCAGCGGUGGGAUCUGAAGGGAUUCCAUUCUCUGCCACAUCAAGUCCCUACAUAAAUUGGCGGCAAGCGGUGGGAUACGUAUAACAUCCCUAAUUUGGUGCCUGAGAUCGCUCAAUAAAAUUUCUGAGGUAAAAGUUAUAAAGAAUGGCCACCAGAAAGCAGAAAAGAGGAGCAGGAGAGGUAGAAGUGUACCAGGAGGGAGAGAGUUCAGAUUCGGAACAACAGACCACCAUGUCAGAAGCAAUGAUGAAAUAUCAAUUAGAGAUGAGGAAAUUAGAAUUAUAGGCACAGAUGGAGAGUAAGAAAUUGGAAGCAGAGGAAAAAGAGAAAGAGAGACAAGCUGAGGAGAAACAGAGACAGGAGAAAGAGAGACAGGCACAGAUACAGAAGAUGAAAUUGGAAAAAGAGAUAGAGUUGAAAAAGAUGGAAAUUGAAUGGGAAAGACAGAAGCUGACACUGUCUCAGCCUUCUGUGGAGGCACAACCAGGAACUCCUAGUGACUUAGCCUUAAAGAGGUUUUCUAAAUACACUAAGGAGGAUGUGGAGAUGCAGCGGAUUGAGCUCGCACCACUUUUGAAGAUGCCAUUGUGCCCAGGGGAUUCUUGGUGCCUGAUUGAUUAUAAGUGGUUCAAAAAGUGGCAGAGAUAUGUGGGUUUUGAAAGUUGGGACCUGUAUUAUGCAGGAAAACCUGAUUACUACCCAGGACCCAUUGACAAUGCGAAACUUUUUGAGGAUUCAGAAACUCAAAUUUUAAAAAAGUAUCGCAUGGAUAAAGUGGAUUAUGAGGUGAUUCCUAUUGAGGCCUGGAAUAAGUUAGUCAAUUGGUAUGGCUGUAUAGAGGGAGAGAGACCAAUUGAGAGAACAAUCAUGAAGCCCAUUUUGUUGUGGGAGAUUUCAAUAGCCAUAGCUGUGUCUGGGGCUAUGACAAAGAUGAUAGGAAUGGUGAAGCAGUUGUAACGUGGGCCGGCAACAGUAGAAUGAGCCUCCUCCAUGAUAGUAAAUUACCACCAUCUUUCAAUAGCGGCCGAUGGAAGCGUGGUUAUAACCCUGAUCUGAUUUUUGUAAAGGAAAGCAUAAUCCACCAAUGCAUCAAAAGGGUAUUAAACCCGAU